UAACGACACGGUAAACAGAUUUUGACUUUUUUUUUCCAUUUUUGUUUUAAUUCAAUAUUUGAUAUUAAUUUAGUCUUACAUGUCAUGUUUUGAUUGGUUAACACUAGAGGAGGUGAAUGAUUAGGUUCACCUCUGGGGGUGAAUCUAAGUAUCGUUUGUUCCCACUACGUUGAUCGAAACUUCAAGUAAGAGGGGGUAUUAAAAUGAGAUUUUGGGGAAUUUGAUGGGAUUUAAGAGAUUAUGAAUUUUGAGAGUUUUUAAGAUACUUGGUGGAUUUGUUAGUUUUUCAAUUCAAAAAAAGGAAAAAUAAUUUGUAAUUUCGUGAGAUUUUAAAAGAAUAUAUUGGGUGAUUUUAAGAGAUUUUUAAACCAAAAUUGGAAAAAUUGGGUUCCAAACAAAACAUUCUCCAUCGUCUCCAUUCUCGUCAUAAACAGGAAAUUCUCGAAGGUUGUGCUAACAUGAUGUAUCGACUGUGCAGGGAUGGAUUACUAUUUGAAUGCAUCCACUCAAACGCUCUUUCUGUUAAAUUCUUCUGUAUGUGUAUUCCCUUGACUACGCUCGUACCCGUACGUCUUGCCAAUGAUGCCAAGGCUGGAAAGAAAGGAGGUGGUGGUAGACAGUUUGAUGGUCUUGUCGAUGUUUACAGAAAGACACUCAAGUCUGAUGGUAUAUAUUGCUGGUCUUUACCGUGGAUUUACUCUUGUGUUGAUAUCAUUGUCUACCGUGGUCUGUACUUUGGACUCUAUGACUUUGUGAAGCCUGUUCUUCUCACUGGAGACUUGCAGGUUCAUCUUGUUGUCUUUCUCUCUGAUCUGGGUGUUCUCUUGCUUAUAACAGGUUGGUUUUGACAUGUUAUUGUUCUCUUUUGGUUAUUUCUGGACACUUUCUUUGACAGUUUCGCUCUUGGGUCAUCACU